UGUCUGCAUCUCCCCAGUGAAGAUGACGAUCUCAAAAUGUAAUAUUGUCAUCACUUGGGAGAUAAUGAUCUAGAAGUGCCAUCAUUAUGUGGUGUUUCUCAAUAGACUUGCAGUGUAUCAUUAUACAAACAGUACGUGUUUAUGUCUUUAUAUCACUUGUCAUAGACCCUCAUGAAUUACAUGGCUUGUGUUUAUUCAGCAGAAUCACAUCACCUGAAGAGAUGUAAUGUUUCAGGAACAUUCAAUUAUCUAAGAUUACAAUUCCUUUCUUUCUUCUUGAGGUUAAGAAGUAGUCACACGCCAAAGGAAAGGUAGGUAAGGUCUUAAUGAGAUUUACUCUGCUCUUGAAGGCUGGAAUAUUUUCUACAUAAAAAAAAAGAGAGGUAAUCAUAAUCCCUUCUUUCUAAGGAAACAGACAAAAGGACACUGGUGUAAAACUUCCCCAAACAAUUCAAUAGGAGGAAGUGCUCGUCACUGACUUUUCCCCCCACCAUGAAGGCACAUUUCCUUCCUAGUCUUUGCUUCUCUUAUCUGGGAGAAUUUUUUUUUUUCCCAAGCGAAGCAUGAACAGUUGCUAAGUGGAAAAUGGAGGCUGAAUUUUACAUGGUGAUUCUUACCUGCUUGAUCUUCAGGAACUCAGAAGGGUUUCAGAUUGUCCAUGUCCAGAAACAACAGUGUCUUUUCAAAAAUGAGAAAGUGGUCGUGGGCUCAUGCAAUAGGACCAUCCAGAACCAGCAGUGGACAUGGACUGAGGAUGAAAAGCUCCUUCAUGUUAAAUCUGCACUAUGCUUGGCCAUCUCCAACUCCUCUCGUGGCCCCUCCCGCUCAGCCAUCUUGGACCGGUGUUCCCAGGCACCCCGAUGGACCUGCUAUGAUCAGGAAGGCUUCCUUGAGGUGGAAAAUACGUCUCUCUUUCUCCAGAAACAAGGCUCCAGAGUAGUGGUCAAGAAGGCCAGGAAAUACCUCCAUAGCUGGAUGAAAAUAGACGUCAACAAGGAGGGAAAACUGGUCAAUGAAAGCCUCUGUUUAAAAAAAGCUGGCCUGGGAGCAGAAGUUUCGGUGAGGAGCACUAGAAACACGGCUCCUCCCCAGAUUCCCACUACCUUUAAUGCAGUUCCAGAUAGUCUGGAACGCCUUAUGAGAAAUACCACAGAGGCCUUCAUCAGAAAUACUGCAGAAAACUACAGCCAAAACAGCAGCGAGAGGCAGCAUCCCGAUCUGCACAUGACUGGAAUUACAGACACAUCAUGGGUUUUGUCGACUACUCAGCCCUUCUCCAGCACCACUGAAGAGACUGGACUGGCGGAGCCAGAGAGAUGUAACUUCACCCUGGCAGAGUCCAAGGCCUCCAGCCAUUCCGUGUCUAUCCGGUGGAGAAUUUUGGACUCACCCUGUAACUUUAACCUCACCUAUAGCAGUGACACCCUGGGGGCCGCGUCGUGCCCUCCCUUUCGGUUAGACAACACCACAUACGGAUGUAACCUUCAAGAUUUACAAGCAGGAACCAUCUAUAACUUCAGGAUUGUUUCUCUGGAUGGAGAAGAGAGAACUGUGGUCUUACAAACAGAUCCUUUACCUCCUGCUAGGUUUGGAGUCAGUAAAGAGAAGAGUACUUCAACCAGCUUGCACGUUUGGUGGACUCCUUCUCCUGGAAAAGUCACCUCGUAUGAGGUGCAAUUAUUUGAUGAAAAUAACCAAAAGAUACAGGGGGUUCAAAUUCAAGAAAGUACUUCAUGGAACAAAUACACUUUUUUCAAUCUCACUGCUGGUAGUAAAUACAAUAUUACCAUCACAGCUGUUUCUGGAGGAAAACAUUCUUCUUCAGUUUAUACCAAUGGAUCAACAGUGCCAUCUCCAGUGAAAGAUAUUGGUAUUUCCACAAAAGCCAAUUCUCUCCUGGUUUCCUGGUCCCAUGGUUCUGGGAAUGUGGAACGAUACCGGCUGAUGCUAAUGGAUAAAGGGAUCCUAGUUCAUGGCAGUGUUGUGGACAGACAAGCUACUUCCUAUACUUUUAACGGGCUGACCCCUGGCUACCUCUACAACCUCACUGUUGUGACUGAGGCCGCAGGGCUGCAAAACUACAAGUGGAAACUAGUCAGGACAGCCCCCAUGGAAGUCUCAAAUCUGAAGGUGACAAAUGAUGGCAGUUUGACCUCUCUAAAAGUCAAGUGGCAAAGACCUCCUGGAAAUGUGGAUUCUUACAACAUCACCCUCUCUCAUAAAGGGACCAUCAAAGAAUCCAGAGUAUUAGCACCUCGGGUCACUGAAACUCACUUUAAAGAGUUAACCCCUGGACGACUUUAUCAAGUUACUGUCAGCUGUGUCUCUGGUGAACUGUCUGCUCAGAAGAUGGCAGUGGGCAGAACAUUUCCAGACAAAGUUGCAAACCUGGAGGCAAACAGUAAUGGCUGGAUGAGGUCUCUUGUAGUGAGCUGGUCGCCCCCUGCUGGAGACUUGGAGCAGUAUCGGAUCCUACUCUUCAAUGAUUCUGUAGUGCUGCUCAACAUCACUGUGGGAAACGAAGAAACACACUAUGUCAUGGAUGACAUGGGGCUCGUGCCGGGAAGACAGUAUGAGGUGGAAGUCAUUGUUGAGAGUGGAAAUUUGAAGAAUCCUGAGCGUUGCCAAGGCCGGACAGUCCCCCUGGCUGUCCUCCAGCUUCGUGUCAAACAUGCCAAUGAAACCUCACUGAGCAUCAUAUGGCAGCCCCCUGUAGCAGAAUGGGAGAAAUACAUCAUUUCCCUAGCUGACAGAGACCUCUUACUGAUCCACAAGUCACUCUCCAAAGAUGCCAAAGAAUUCACUUUUACUGACCUGGUGCCUGGACGAAAAUACAUGGCUACAGUCACCAGUAUUAGUGGAGACUUAAAAAAUUCCUCUUCAGUAAAAGGAAGAACAGUGCCUGCCCAAGUGACUGACUUGCAUGUGGCCAACCAAGGAAUGACCAGUAGUCUGUUUACUAACUGGACCCAGGCACAAGGAGAUGUAGAAUUUUACCAAGUCUUACUGAUCCAUGAAAAUGUGGUCAUUAAAAAUGAAAGCAUCUCCAGUGAGACCAGCGGGUACAGCUUCCACUCUCUCAAGUCCGGCAGCCUGUACUCCGUGGUAGUAACAACAGUGAGUGGAGGGAUCUCUUCCCGACAAGUGGUGGUGGAGGGAAGAACAGUCCCUUCCAGUGUGAGUGGAGUAACGGUGAACAAUUCCGGUCGUAAUGACUACCUCAGCGUUUCCUGGCUGCCGGCGCCCGGAGAUGUGGAUAACUAUGAGGUGACGUUGUCUCAUGACGGCAGGGUGGUUCAGUCCCUUGUCAUUGCCAAGUCUGUCAGAGAAUGUUCCUUCAGCUCCCUCACCCCAGGCCGCCUUUACACCGUGACCAUAACUACAAGGAGUGGCAAGUAUGAAAAUCACUCCUUCAGCCAAGAGUGGACAGUGCCUGACAAAGUCCAGGGAGUCAGUGUUAGCAACUCAGCCAGGAGUGACUAUUUAAGGGUAUCCUGGGUGCAUGCCACUGGAGACUUUGAUCACUAUGAAGUCACCAUUAAAAACAAAAACAACUUCAUCGAAACCAAAAGCAUUCCCAAGUCGGAAAACGAAUGUGUAUUUGUUCAGCUAGUCCCUGGACGGUUGUACAGUGUCACUGUUACUACAAAAAGUGGACAAUAUGAAGCCAGUGAACAAGGGAAUGGGAGAACAAUUCCAGAGCCUGUUAAGGAUCUAACAUUGCGGAACAGGAGCACUGAGGACUUGCAUGUGUCUUGGUCAGGAGCUAAUGGGGAUGUCGACCAGUAUGAGAUCCAGCUGCUCUUCAAUGACAUGAAAGUAUUCCCUCCUUUUCACCUUGUAAAUACUGCAACUGAGUAUCGAUUUACUUCCCUAACACCAGGCCGCCAAUACAAAAUUCUUGUCUUGACGAUUAGUGGAGAUGUACAGCAGUCAGCCUUCAUUGAGGGCUUCACAGUUCCUAGUGCUGUCAAAAAUAUUCACAUUUCUCCUAAUGGAGCAACAGAUAGCCUGACGGUGAACUGGACUCCUGGUGGGGGAGACGUUGAUUCCUACACAGUGUCGGCAUUGAGGCACAGCCAAAAGGUUGACUCUCAGACUGUUCCCAAGCACAUCUUUGAGCACACGUUCCACAGACUGGAGGCCGGGGAGCAGUACCAGAUCAUGAUUGCCUCAGUCAGCGGGUCCCUGAAGAAUCAGAUAAAUGUGGUUGGGCGGACAGUUCCAGCAUCUGUCCAAGGAGUAAUUGCAGACAAUGCAUACAGCAGUCAUUCCUUAAUAGUAAGUUGGCAAAAAGCUGCUGGUGUGGCAGAAAGAUAUGAUAUCCUGCUUCUGACUGAAAAUGGAAUCCUUCUGCGCAACACAUCAGAGCCAGCCACCACUAAGCAACACAAAUUUGAAGAUCUAAUACCAGGCAAGAAAUACAAGAUACAGAUCCUAACUGUCAGUGGAGGCCUCUUUAGCAAGGAAGCCCAGACUGAAGGCCGAACAGUCCCAGCAGCUGUCACCAACCUGAGGAUCACAGAGAACUCCACCAGGCACCUGUCCUUCCGCUGGACCGCCUCAGAGGGGGAGCUCAGCUGGUACAACAUCUUUUUGUACAACCCAGAUGGGAAUCUCCAGGAGAGAGCUCAAGUUGACCCGCAAGUCCAGAGCUUCUCUUUCCAGAACUUGCUACAAGGCAGAAUGUACAAGAUGGUGAUUGUAACUCACAGUGGGGAGCUGUCUAAUGAGUCUUUCAUAUUUGGUAGAACAGUCCCAGCCUCUGUGAGUCAUCUCAGGGGGUCCAAUCGGAACAUGACAGACAGCCUUUGGUUCAGCUGGAGUCCAGCCUCUGGGGACUUUGACUUUUAUGAACUGAUUCUCUAUAAUCCCAAUGGCACAAAGAAGGAAAACUGGAAAGACAAGGACCUGACGGAGUGGCGGUUUCACGGCCUUGUUCCUGGAAGGAAGUACACACUGUGGGUGGUAACUCACAGUGGAGAUCUCAGCAAUAAAGUCACAGCGGAGAGCAGAACAGCUCCAAGUCCUCCCAGUCUUAUGUCAUUUGCUGACAUUGCAAACACAUCCUUGGCCAUCACGUGGAAGGGGCCCCCAGACUGGACAGACUACAAUGACUUUGAGCUGCAGUGGUUGCCCAGAGAUGCACUUACUGUCUUCAACCCCUACAACAACAGAAAAUCAGAAGGACGCAUUGUGUAUGGUCUUCGUCCAGGGAGAUCCUAUCAAUUCAGUGUCAAGACUGUCAGUGGUGAUUCCUGGAAAACUUACAGCAAACCAAUUUUUGGAACUGUGAGGACAAAGCCUGACAAGAUACAAAACCUGCAUUGCCGGCCUCAGAACUCCACAGCCAUUGCCUGUUCUUGGAUCCCUCCUGAUUCUGACUUUGAUGGUUACAGUAUUGAAUGCCGGAAAAUGGACACCCAAGAAGUUGAGUUUUCCAGAAAGCUGGAGAAAGAAAAAUCUCUGCUCAACAUCAUGAUGCUAGUGCCCCAUAAGAGGUACCUGGUAUCCAUCAAAGUACAGUCGGCCGGCAUGACCAGCGAGGUGGUUGAAGACAGCACUAUCACAAUGAUAGACCGCCCCCCUCCUCCACCCCCACACAUUCGUGUGAAUGAAAAGGAUGUGCUAAUUAGCAAAUCUUCCAUCAACUUUACUGUCAACUGCAGCUGGUUCAGUGACACCAAUGGAGCUGUGAAAUACUUCACAGUGGUGGUGAGAGAGGCUGAUGGCAGUGAUGAGCUGAAGCCAGAACAACAGCACCCUCUCCCUUCCUACCUGGAAUACAGGCACAACGCCUCCAUUCGGGUGUAUCAGACUAAUUAUUUUGCCAGCAAAUGUGCCGAAAAUCCUAACAGCAACUCCAAGAGUUUUAACAUUAAGCUUGGAGCAGAGAUGGAGAGCCUAGGUGGAAAAUGCGAUCCCACUCAGCAAAAAUUCUGUGAUGGACCACUGAAGCCACACACUGCUUACAGAAUCAGCAUUCGAGCUUUUACACAGCUCUUUGAUGAGGACCUGAAGGAAUUCACAAAGCCACUCUACUCAGACACAUUUUUUUCUUUACCCAUCACUACUGAAUCAGAGCCCUUGUUUGGAGCUAUUGAAGGUGUGAGUGCUGGUCUGUUUUUAAUUGGCAUGCUAGUGGCUGUUGUUGCCUUAUUGAUCUGCAGACAGAAAGUGAGCCAUGGUCGAGAAAGACCCUCUGCCCGUCUGAGCAUUCGUAGGGAUCGACCAUUAUCUGUCCACUUAAACCUGGGCCAGAAAGGUAACCGGAAAACUUCUUGUCCAAUAAAAAUAAAUCAGUUUGAAGGGCAUUUCAUGAAGCUACAGGCUGACUCCAACUACCUUCUAUCCAAGGAAUACGAGGAAUUAAAAGACGUGGGCCGAAACCAGUCAUGUGAUAUCGCACUCUUGCCAGAGAAUAGAGGGAAAAAUCGAUACAACAAUAUAUUGCCCUAUGAUGCCACACGAGUGAAGCUGUCCAAUGUAGAUGAUGAUCCUUGCUCUGACUACAUCAAUGCCAGCUACAUCCCUGGCAACAACUUCAGAAGAGAAUACAUUGUCACUCAGGGACCACUUCCUGGCACCAAGGAUGACUUCUGGAAAAUGGUGUGGGAACAAAACGUUCACAACAUCGUCAUGGUGACCCAGUGUGUUGAGAAGGGCCGAGUAAAGUGUGACCAUUACUGGCCAGCGGACCAAGAUUCCCUCUACUAUGGGGACCUCAUCCUGCAGAUGCUCUCAGAGUCCGUCCUGCCUGAGUGGACCAUCCGGGAGUUUAAGAUAUGCAGUGAGGAACAGCUUGAUGCACACAGACUCAUCCGCCACUUUCACUAUACAGUGUGGCCAGACCAUGGAGUCCCAGAAACCACCCAGUCUCUGAUCCAGUUUGUGAGAACUGUCAGGGACUACAUCAACCGAAGCCCAGGUGCCGGGCCCACUGUGGUGCACUGCAGUGCUGGUGUGGGUAGGACUGGAACCUUUAUUGCAUUGGACCGAAUCCUCCAGCAGUUAGACUCCAAAGACUCUGUGGACAUUUACGGAGCAGUGCAUGACCUAAGACUUCACAGGGUUCACAUGGUCCAGACUGAGUGUCAGUAUGUCUACCUACAUCAGUGUGUAAGAGAUGUCCUCAGAGCAAGGAAGCUACGGAGUGAACAAGAAAACCCCUUGUUUCCAAUCUAUGAAAAUGUGAAUCCAGAGUAUCACAGAGAUCCAGUCUAUUCAAGGCAUUGAGAAUGUACCUGAAGAGCUCCUGGAUAAAAAUUAUUCACUGUGUGAUUUGUUUUUAAAAACUUGCUUCAUGCCCUACAGAGGUGCCAGCUAUUUCUGUUGAUACUAUGUAUAAUUUAUUAAUCUGGAGAAUGUUUAAAAUUUUAUAUAAUUUAAAGGUAACAGAUAUUGUACAUAGUUGUAUUUUAUAGUUUCCUCUGUAAAUAUGUAUUUUUCAUGUUUAAUAUUAAGCUUUAUAUAAUACUAUUUUUCCACACUAAAGUGUUCAUGACUUGUUCUACAUAAACUAAUUCAACCUGUGUGACAGGACUACUGGUAAAAUGUGUAUGGAGGUGGUGGCAGAGACAAUCCCUUGGGCCAUGUUUUCUACCUGUUUUGAUAUUCACUGGACAGGACAAAGGGCAGGGCUAGAGAGAGCAAAUACUAUGUCUAGCUUUGCUGCAUUGCUGUCCCAUGAAUCUCGAGAGCCAACGGGCGUGUCCUAAACAUGCUAUUAGGACAAAUGUAACAGUCAAAAAAAGGAUUAUAGGGAGAAAAAAGAAUUAAGCAGUAGCAAAGCUGAACUGGAUGGUUGUGUCUGAACUAGUUGCUCUCUCUUUCUCCUACCAGGGAUUCAAGCCAAAGUGGUUAGCUCAGGGAUCAUGUAACUUGCAGUGCAAGCCCAGGAUGUAGGAUGCAGGGUUGAGGGUUCUGAGAAUGAUUCCAGACAGAAGUGAUUAAUUCCUUUUGUUAAGAAGAUGCCAGCUGUACCCAGACUGAAAACAUAACAUGCAAAGCACCAUCUAUAGUGAUUAGAGAUCCUCUCAUUGCAUUCAUAGUGUGAACAUCCACACCCAUACUGUAAUGUGUUUAUGCACACUAGUUUUUGUCUCAUUUUCAGUGGUCUCCAUUCCUAGAAAAGUCACAAUGAUCCAUUCCUACUUGAUUUCCCAUUAAAAGAAUAUUAUGGUGGCAGACUGUGCCUGAUUAAAAGACUUAAUGCCAACAUUUUCAUAGAAAUGACUACAGACAUCAUAUAUAAUAAAUUUAAAAACAACAGCCAAAACAAAAACAGUGGUCUUUAGUAAAAUUUUCAAAAACCUUUUUAGUAAAUUAAUGAAGUCAAAAUAUCAAGUAGUCACCCAAAGUUGCAUUUAAUAACAAAAGGUACUAUGUACUGUACCAAGUUUACCUUCAGUAUUUGUACCUUACUGUGACUAUAACAAACUCCAGUGAGUGAGAAAGUGGGUAUUUCCUUCAUCAAGGUCCAGUUCCGAGAGCAUUCCUGGGAAAAAUUUGAAAGGCAUUUGUAUGGAAUCUUCAUAGAGACCUGAGAAGAUGAGCUGGAGAUGUUUGCCUUUUUCAUACUGCAAAUUUUUCUAUAAUAAACUUGGGAAUUAGAGGUCAAGUUUGUUGAUGGCAUAGCUUCCUUUGCAGAAAGAGUACAUUUUUUUUCAAAGUAUGUAUUUUUGUAAUCUACCAUAAAGUCCCAUAAUACAGUGAAUGUAAUUGACAUAAUAAUUGAAAAUCAUUGACUAUACCUAAAAUAGUUAUUUAUAAUUAAAUAACUCUACACCCAAUCUGGAAAUUUUUCCAGGGUUAUUUGAAGUUUGCAAAAACGUGAAGCAUAAUCUUAAGUUUCAAAGUUUCACAGUUUCAUUGUGCUCAAUGCCCUUGUGAAAUGACAGUCUUAGGCUCUGAUUCUGUAUCAAGGAACUAAGCGGAUCUUCUGGAAAUGAAAAGGAACAACAUAUGUGUAAGUGCAGUAGAUGGACCACCAGUGAGAAAAUAGAGGUCAGAGAUUUACAACGUGUGGCAUCUAUUAGAAAUCACCUUUCCUACAUGGAAAAGAAAAAGCAAGAAAAAAAGCAGAAUUUUACAGUAGUGUUGCUUGAUGCAAAGCACAUUAAUGCCUGGAAGGAUACAUUCAUUUUUGACUUUUCAUUCACUCAGAAAACUUUUAGUAAGUGCCUGCAACCUGCUAGGCACUGUUCCAGAAUCUACCCAUUUCUACUCACAUAAAGAGAAUCCUCAUAAAGUUAGGGCUGUUGUUACUACCUUCAGUUGAAUUUAAAAGAGCCUCAUCAAGCGAAUGGGAUAACUGAGCCGGUCUAGGACAGUGGUCACCUUCCACAGGCCACACACUGGAAAGUGCUAAUGCUACUUCAAUAGCAAACCUCUGGAUCUAGAAGAGAGAGCAAUUAAUUGCACAAAUCAGGAAUUAAAAUCAUAAAAAACCUAUACAUCUGUAACAGUAAAUAACACUCCCGUACCCUGGCAACAUCUAGGGUAGUAUCAGAAUUAUGUAAGUGGACAUGACAGGGAAAAAUUGUAGGUUUUUAAAGUCUAAUCCAACCCAGGAAAUGUCUAUUCCUACCCUACACUCAAUUUUAAAUCUCCUUAACAACAAAUAUUUCACUAUUCACUCCUGCUCCUGGGAAGACUAAAUACAUUAAUUGAUUUAUUUAUUAAAUUUAGGAGAAAAAAGUUUUCCUUGACAUUCAGCUCCAUUGGAUUUAUUUUCAUUUAAUUGCAUCAUGUGUUAUAUCUUGGUAAACACUCCAUCUCCUGUCUUGGUGGACAUCCUGUCUGUACACCUGUGCAAUACACUUUAAUCAUCAAGGCUUCAAAGUGCUUUUGAGCUAUCAAAUCUUGGGAGAGUCCCAUCUAGCAUCUUAAUAAUUAUUUUUCCAAGUUCGUUAUAAUUAACUCCUUUAAUCUCAUCUCAUUAAAUCAAUUUUGUAUUAUUAUUUGUGGUGUUCUCUGGAAAGCAGCCAAUUGUUCAGCUCUUGAAUCAGAAUUUUCAAAGACUCACCUCUCUUACCUGGGCUUGCACGUAUUUGUCCUAAGUAAUUCUCUAUCCCUUAAACCUCUGAGUCCCUCUGUUUUAUUAGUUGCCCCACUCCUCCCAGUUGAAAAUGUUUGUUUUCCCAAUUGAAUGUGAUUUUUAUCUACUGUUCAUAUUAUCUUUUAUACUCAUAAGUAUAAUUUCACAAUCCUUUCAGGUUCCACAUCAUCAAAAAGAUGACCAUAAUUUCCCCUUUUUUUUGAAACGGAGUCUCGCUCUGUCGCCCAGGGUGGAGUGCAGUGGAGCAGUCUCAGCUCACUGCAACCUCCGCCUCCGGGGUUCAAGUGAUUCUGCCUCAGCCUCCUGAGUAGCUGUAAUUACAGGUGCCUGCCACCAUGCCUGGCUAAUUUUUGUGUUUUCAGUAGAGAUGGGGUUUCACCAUGUUGGCCAGGUUGGUCUCAAACUCCUGACCUCAGGUGAUCCACCCACCUCAACCUCCCAAAGUGCUGGGAAUACAGGAGUGAGCCACCACACCUGGCCAAUUGCACUUUUAAAUACUAAAAGGCACACAGCACACAGACAUUUUUGGGGCAGUUUUCUUUGGGAGGGUCUUUGAUAAAUUUUGUAAUCACCUUUUGGAAGAAAGUCCAAAAUGACAUGUGAAAAUAAUAUUAAACCAUUUAGCAGAUGUCCAGCAAUAUAAAAAUAGACCUCACAUGCUACCCUUCACAGGCUGAUUCUCUUGCUUUGGUGUCUAAGGAUCCAAUUUCUUAUGUUAAAUAUUUUCCUUACCUUUUGCAAUAAUAUUAUUGGCCAUAUGCUAAAUUCUCAUUCACUUAGCUUUCUGAGAAUUCUUUGACAUUGGAAUCCUGAAAUAAUAAAGCUACCAGAUCUGCACAACAGCAGUGGUAGUAUCUGAGCCCAAACUCUGGGACACUCUAGAGUUUUAGUUUACAAAUAUGAGCCAGACCAAACCUGACCUGGUGAAAAUCAAUAGGUAAUAAGUUGCUUGUAUAUGUUAGCAGUUCAAGGGCUUUCUGGGUUCCAUUUCAUUGGGGAAAUGAAAAUAUUAUAUCUGCUUAGCCAAGAUAGAGUGGCAAUAAGGAAUGACUGAUCCUCCUCCAAGUUGCAGUGAGCAAGCCCUCAAGCCUACCUCAUUCCUGAAGAGUUGAAGGAGAAAAUGCUGUGCUAAUUUUCUGCACUGCUAUUUUUAACCUGAAAUUUAGAAUUACAUCAGGUAUUCAAAGAAUGUUCCCUAUCAAAGGAAAAUCGGUAAACGAUGACUGCAAAAAGCAAGUGAAAUGAUGCAAAGAGAAAAUACUUGCAAAAGAGAAUCUAACCAAGACAUCAUCAGGAAGAUAAAACGGCAUCUCUUCUUUGUGGCCUGGGUGUGCUUGGACAAUCCUGUCAUAUGUUUCUAUUAGGACAUGUUGCCCUUUUGAGGAUUCACUCUGACUACGCUGGCCAGAUGGUUUAACUGAUUAAACAAUUGAAUCAAUUUAUUUUGCUUUUUGAAUUGACCAGAUAUUUAACUAAAUGUACUGGGUUUGGCAUUUUAGACACACUGCCUUAGAUUCUUGUAGAGAAUGAUGACUUUGAAAAUGUUUGGCCAUUUUAGUUAAAAUGCAGGGUAACAUUUGAUGCAGCCAUGAUAACAGGAAAAAUCUGUUCUGUUCUAAAAAUGUUUCUAGCAAUAGAAGUAUUUCUGGCUAAGAGAAUACUCUUGACUUGUAGGGAGGCUCCCUUGGAAUAAAUGCAUGCAACACAAAUAAGGCAUUUUAUUUUUUAAAAGAUUGCCUAUAUAAGAUACACUUAUUAAAUAAAGAAAUUGUUGGUGAAUGCUCUGAAAAUAGAGGCUUAUGUAAGGGAAAUAAGAGAUUAACAGGUUUACCAAAGAUUAUUUUUAUAACCUGUAUGCCAAUUCACAUGAUCUUACAUAAGACACCAAAAUAAGUUAUUCAAAACUGUGAAUAAUGUCAGACAAAUGCAAUGUGUCCCUUCUAGAACAGUCACAAAAAGGAUUGGUUAUAACCGUUUUAAUAAAUACUAUCCUCACCCCAAGAACAAGCUUUCAGUUAUGUGGAGAUGUUGUAAUACCUGUGUGCAUAGAUAAGCACCCCCAUCAAGAAAGGAAUAUGUGCAAUUGUGGCUUUAAGAGUUUGUGGCACAGCUGGACAGCAUUCCAUCUGCAGGUUAGUAGGAAAGCCUGUACCAGCCUUUGUGGAAUGUCCUAGUCUGCCACAUUGACAAGAGGGUGCACCAAUGCUCUACUGGAAGAGUAUUUCUGGUUUUCUGUGCAGGACUGUUGGGCUUAUAAAUUCUUCAAGAACAAGGACCAAGUCUUUAAUCUCAUCUCUACUCCUACUUUGUGGAAAUUAGCGCACAGCUCACAGGCAUUCUACACACACUUCUUGAAAUUGCUCCUGACCUCAUAUUUUGGAUGUUAGGUAGUCAGUGUCCAAUAAUACUGUUGUCCAUGGAGGUUAAUCUAGCUGUUCCUUCAUUUGUGUGAAGCAUAAAUAAUGUAAGUAAAUACAGCAACUGAACUUUUUAUGUUCUAUAAUAGAGCACUUUUAAGUUUUUAAUAUCAUUUAUUAUUUCUCUGAAAAUCCAGUUAAGAUGGCAGUAGAUGAUUCUAUUUUUUCAUACUAUAGCAUCCACCCACAAUAUUGUGUUUCUAACUGUAUUUGAACAAAGAACUUCCUUAGUCUUUCAAUUUAAAUUAUGUAUUUGCUUAAUAUAUUUUUAUAUUUGUAACUGUGGUUAAAAAAAAAUCUAUAAAGCAUCUUGCAUACAUUCUCACUAGUAUAGGAAUAAAACUGCAGUUUGUUGAA